UCAGCGCACGUCAGGGCCGAGCCCCUCGCCCUCCCUCCGUCCGCGGGAUCUGCCGUCCCGCCGCUCCCGCUCCCCUCGUCCCGCCUUGGGCUCCCGCAGCCGCCGCCCCCGCCCGGCCCAGCCCGCGACCCCGCUCCGCUCCCCGAGAGCYGCACAGCGCGAAGAUGGCGGCGUUCAAAUUCCUCCUGCCGCCCCUCGGCCGCCGCAUCCUCCUCCCCGCCGCUCGCAGGGCUGAGAUUUGUGGAUGCUAUUUUUCUACCAGCUGUCAUCGCAACACCAAAUUUUACACUGAUCCGGUUGAAGCCGUAAAAGAUAUACCCAAUGGGGCAACUAUACUUGUUGGGGGUUUUGGAUUGUGUGGAAUUCCUGAAAACCUCAUUGGGGGUUUACUGAAGACUGGAGUAAAGGGAAUAACWGCAGUCAGUAACAAUGCUGGUGUUGACAAUUUUGGACUUGGUCUUCUGCUUCAGACCAAGCAGAUAAAACGCAUGGUGUCAUCAUAUGUUGGAGAGAACGCUGAAUUUGAACGCCAAUAUUUAUCUGGUGAGCUUGAAGUCGAGCUGACACCACAGGGUACACUCGCUGAACGUAUUAGAGCAGGAGGAGCAGGAAUCCCAGCAUUUUACACCAGCACUGGCUAUGGGACUCUGGUGCAGGAAGGGGGUGCACCCAUCAAGUACAACACAGAUGGCACCAUUGCCAUUGCCAGCCAGCCAAGAGAGGUGCGAGAGUUUGAUGGCCGUCACUUUAUUCURGAGAAAUCGAUUACCGGAGAUUUUGCUCUUGUGAAGGCAUGGAAGGCUGAUCGUGCAGGAAACAUAAUUUUCAGGAAAACUGCAAGAAACUUCAACCAACCUAUGUGCAAAGCUGCAAAGACAACUGUGGUAGAGGUAGAAGAAAUUGUUGAUAUAGGAGCAUUUGCCCCAGAAGACAUUCAUGUUCCCAAAAUCUAUGUUGAUCGCCUGUUACAAGGAGAGAAGUUUGAGAAGAGAAUUGAACGCUUAUCAAUUCGAAAGCCUGAUGACUCGAAAGCCAAAGAAAAAAAAGGAGAUAACGUGAGGGAGAGGAUCAUCAAACGAGCUGCUUUAGAGUUUGAGGAUGGCAUGUAUGCUAAUCUGGGUAUUGGAAUCCCACUGUUGGCCAGUAACUUCAUCAGUCCGGACAUAACUGUUCACUUACAGAGUGAAAAUGGAGUCCUGGGUUUGGGUCCUUAUCCACUUGAAAGUGAAGUAGAUCCAGAUCUGAUUAAUGCAGGUAAGGAGACAGUCACUGUUCUUCCAGGUUCUUCCUAUUUCUCUAGCGAUGAAUCAUUUGCAAUGAUAAGAGGAGGCCAUGUCGAUUUGACAAUGCUUGGAGCAAUGCAGGUGUCUAAAUUCGGUGACCUGGCCAACUGGAUGAUUCCUGGCAAGAUGGUGAAAGGAAUGGGGGGUGCCAUGGACCUGGUAUCCAGUGCACAGACCAAAGUGGUUGUCACCAUGGAGCACUCAGCCAAGGGCAAUGUCCAUAAAAUCUUGGAAAAAUGCAGUUUGCCACUUACUGGGAAACAGUGUGUUGACCGCAUCAUUACAGAGAAGGCAGUGUUUGAUGUGGACAAGAAGAAGGGAUUGACUCUCAUAGAAAUCUGGGAAGGACUGACAGUGGAUGAUAUCAAGAAAAGCACUGGCUGUGACUUCGCAGUUUCGCCAAAACUUAUACCAAUGAGGCAGAUUUAAAUGUGAAAUACAGACUGGGCUAACUCACAAGAACGCUUAUUUCCACAUGGAAGAAAUUGAUGACUGUCUUGCAAUUUUACUUUUUUUUUNUUUUUUUUUUUUUUUUUUUUUUAAAGGGCUUUGUAAGUAGUUUCUGGAUAGUUAAACUCAGGCUGUGACUAUAAGUCUAAAAUUGUAUUCUGCUUUCAUAACAUUACCAAUUUUAAUGGAAUGGUGAAUAUAUUCUCGAAGUUUUGAAUCAUGUUAUAGUAAAAUGUUAAUGAUCAUUGUAAAAAAGAAAAAGAAAAUGCCUUGUAGUUUCUCUGCCAAAUACUAGGUUUUUUUUUACACAGAAUUAGAAAACAACUGUGCAAASUUAUGAUUGCCUCUGUGUUUCCUGAUACAUGUAGCUCUGGAACUACAGCACUUAUCAUGUCCAUUCUCCUGUAAAGGUGUGGGUUUUUCUUUUCUGGAGUGGUUUAUAACAAAUAUAUGUAUCUGUAGAGAGACAUUGGGAAUAUGGACUUUGCUUCUCCUGAACCUUUUCAUCACUCUGUAACAAAAUUGUUUAAACCAGUGGUAAUAAUUGGGACCUAAAUGCAUCUGCUGUGUCUGUGGUGUGUUUCUGUUGGCAUUAAGAGGCCUACACCUCCCAAAGUCCAACAGUAACCCUUUAUAUUUCAAUAAUACAAACUAGAAAGUGGCUAGAGUGAAGGAGAAAGAUUAAAAAGUGUCCGUCCUCAUGCAGACAAUUAGUAGCUGCACAAUUUCCCACAUGAACUGCUCUCAUUCCCCAGAUAUAAUAAUUCUCCCCAGCUCCCAGUUAAAGGCAAGUGAAUAUUGUUUCUGGAGUCACAUCCGUCCUUCCAGUGUUGAGAGAAACAGGRGAAGAGAAGGUUGUGGACACCGUGAAGAUUCUUCUAGAGGGAGUACAGAUGGUUAAGGGUAAAGCAAUAGGUUUGCACCACUUGUCAAUCAAGGCAUCAGCAAAAGAAAAGAGUUUGGAAUCCAAUUUCAUAACUAGAAUGAACGCCUUGAGACAAUCAAAAUGAAAAGACAUUAUCUCAGAGUCAUUUUAAUGAAGAUCCUCUUUUCCCUGUUAAUUUUAAAAUCAUUUCAAUAUUUUGUUACUUUUGCAAAUAGUUAAUAGAACAGCAUUGGAUCUCACAGACCAARUACAGUAAGUCUUUAUCAUACAGAGCAUGAAUUGACUGGAAAUCGACAUUUACUAAAAUAGUGUUCUUUCCAAUAUAAUGGUUUCUGUCAUUUCUGUCAUUUGUGUAAAUAGGAGCAUGUAAAACACUUUAGUUAAAAUAAUUCCUGACAUAGUGUUUUGACAUCAGGACUGGAGCAUAUGAAGUGACUGAAAAACAAGUAAAAUGUAGAUGCACAAGAAAAAGUGUGCAGAAUGCCUAUCACACUUGUAAAAAGCAUGUUAAGCCCAUUAUAUAGAAAAGCAUUCUAGUACUAAGAGAAUAAGACAUUCACYAUAUGUAUGUUGUGGAAGGAAUGUAAUACAUUUCUUGGGGAACCAGAUAGAAAAAUUGUGCAAUAUUUAGCUCUUGUACUAGCCUUUGUUCUAAGUUUUUCCAUUCUAAAAUAAGAAAUGCUUCACUUCAUGGAACAGUUACAAAACUUGUCUUGAUACACACAUAGGUUUUACAGCAGUAAAACUGCUUUGAUURGAGGUAUUAUUUUGUACAGUUACAUUUACCCUAAACAAUUCUUUGGUAUUUUCUUGUCAAUACCAUAACAGGCUAUCCUUCGCACCAGAAAGAAAUAAACAAAAUGCCUUUGUGAACGCCAUUAUGCCAGUAUAAUUCCCAUAAUACUGAGCUGUGACUUGAACUCAGUGGUUUCUAAUUCCAUUUCAUAGCCUGAAUGGGUAGGCAAGACCUCCUGAUGCUGAGCCCAUGGGAAGGGAAUGUGUUGUACGAAGACCAAUGCUGAUUUCACAAUUAAUGUAUACAAGUGAUUUGUUUGAUAGGUAAUUUGCACUGCAGACUUGAAACUACAUUUAUCAUAGUGCUACAACUAACAGCAUGCUAGUUUUCAUGUUUCCUCUAUUUAGGCUAUUUAGGUGUACUCCCUGUGUUACUCACUCAUUUCAAACAAGUUAAGUUUUGCCAUUUUUAUUGUUGUGGAGCUGGACUGAAGUUCUGCUCACAGAGGUUUAGCAGAUUAAAAAUCUGUAUAUACUAAAACCACAGAAUUUUAGCUCACUGUAAACAGUUUCACUUUGGGAUAGAGCAGUCCCAAGGCCUCUUCCUUAAUCCAUGAAGACACUUCAGUGACAGYUCUGACCCUUGUGGUGCUGUACACAACAAAAGGUGUCUGUCUUUUCCUUCGGGGCCGAGAUGGGUGAAGAACUACUCUGAGGGAAUGGGUGUAGUCCCUGAACGUGUUUUGCUCAUCUUUACUCAAAGCUCUCAUAAAGAGUACCCAAAAUGGAUGUUGUGGUUAGGGGAGGAUUAUAAAAACUAUUAUACAGGGGAAGGCAGUUACUAUUAACUUAUCCAGAGGAAAAAAAACCCACAAAAAAAAAACCCCAAAAGACCAAAGAACACAAACAUUUAAAUAGAAGGGCAAGUCUUAAAUCUUUAAAUGAAAGUACUGAUCUAUUGGAAUUACCUAUGCUACAUUAUUUGUAGGACUGAUAAUUACAGUGAACAUUUACAUAUCUGUUAAGUACAGUAGGAGUGUCUGAGGGUAGGAUCAGGUGUACGCUGCUUCUGCCAUAGAACUUCGCUUUGCUGGCACACGCACAGAAGCCAUUGUUGUCAUUAACACAUGGCUAUAAACAGACUAAUGACCUGGUAAUGUCUGGGAGUUUAGCACCUUGGUUUCUGAAUCAAAGAGUUAGGAGCCAAGAACUCCUGAUUUCCAGCUUUUCUGGUUCUCCACUUACUGCCUUGUGGAAAGUCAGUUGUGUUCUCUGCCUUGUCUCCUGUUGCUGGAAAAGGGGAUGUUUUUCCGCCUACCUCACAGGGAUGUUGUGAGGAGCAAGAAGCUAAGGUUUGUGCACGAGGUUAUUUGUUUCUCUUCCACUUGAUCAGGUGUGAAAGAGUACUUGAAGGCUGUCAUAUGUGCUGUACAUUUGAGUUGUGUCUUAUCUGUGUCAGUGUUAAUGCAAGAGAGCAAAGUACAUGGUGCUGAAAACUGGGGAUAAAAGGAGAACAGGCUCUCUCCAUAUACAGCAAUGAUGCUGUAGCAACAGGAGUCAAGAUACAUAGUCACACAUGAAUUUUUUAUCUUGAGGACAAUAGUUUGUGGUAAAAUAUUGGUAUUGUUAUGAAAAUGUCAUGAGUCCGCACAAGCUAAUUGCAACGUGCUUUGAAUCCACUUUUAAAAUGAAUUUGUUAAGCUGGAAUAAAAAUUAAAGCACUCCUAAGUAUUUCCCUCUCUGUGGACACAAGUGUGGUUCAUAGGUAAGGUAUACUCUGAGCAAUAGUUGCAAUAGUUAGUAUUGCAGGGAUGAAGGUUGAUUGGGACUGAAAUCAUUCCCUGCUUGACAGCACUUCACAAGACAAGGACAGCUGACACUCUUUGUCCUGAAGAAGAUGAUGAUUCCACUAUAUUAUUCUAUUGGACUUCACUUUAUACUUUAUUGGGUUUUUGUCCCUGAAAAAAGAAAAAAAUACAGAAAAUGUAGUUGUACUGUAAACUCUGCAAACUAAACAUCAAAGUCCUAUGUAUUUGCAAAACAAUCAAUAAAGAUUUAAA